AUGACGGAGGGGCCCAAGAAGUCCAGCAGAAAGUUCAAGUUCUUCAAGUUCAAGGGCCUUGGGAGUCUCUCCAACCUCCCCCGGUCCUUCACUCUGAGACGGUCUUCAGCCCCCAGCAGUAUCAGGGCCCCUCUGGAGCCUGACACCUUCGAAGCCACACAGGAUGACAUGGUGACAGUUCCCAAGAGCCCUGCAGCCUAUGCCCGUUCCAGUGACAUGUACAGUCACAUGGGCACCAUGCCUCGACCCAACCUCAAGAAGGCUCGGGACAAACAGGCCACCCAGCAGGCCCAAGAGGUGGCACAGGAGCCCCAUCUGGUCCCACGAGGUCUGCCCGACCCACCGGGCUUGGAGGCAGCCGAGGAGGAGGUGGAGGCUGGUGGCCCCCCGGAGGACACGGCGGCAGAGGAACCUGGCCCUUCCAGGAUGGAGGUGGACACCUUGAGAAAGCCCGAGGAUCCCACAGCAGACACGGAGGCGGGCGGAGUUCCUCAGGACGCCGGCCCAGAAGGGGCCUCAGGCGAGCUGGAGGCUGCGGGGGACUACGUGAAGUUCUCCAAGGAGAAGUACAUCCUGGACGCCUCGCCGGAGAAACUGCACAAGGAGCUGGAGGAAGAGCUGAAACUCAGCAGCACGGACCUCCGCAGCCACGCCUGGUACCACGGCCGCAUCCCCCGCGAGGUCUCAGAGACCCUGGUGCAGCGCAACGGCGACUUCCUCAUCCGGGACUCGCUCACCAGCCUGGGCGACUACGUGCUCACAUGCCGCUGGCGCAACCAGGCCUUGCACUUCAAGAUCAACAAGGUGGUGGUGAAGGCGGGCGAGAGCUACACCCACAUCCAGUACCUGUUCGAGCAGGAGAGCUUCGACCACGUGCCUGCCCUGGUGCGCUACCACGUGGGCAGCCGCAAGGCCGUGUCGGAGCAGAGCGGCGCCAUCAUCUAUUGUCCGGUCAACCGCACCUUCCCGCUGCGCUACCUCGAGGCCAGCUACGGCCUGGGCCCGGCAGGCGGCAAGGCCUCCAGCCCCGCCAGCCCCUCGGGGGCCAAGGGCAGCCACAUGAAGCGACGCAGUGUCACCAUGACAGAUGGGCUCACCGCCGACAAGGUCACCCGCAGCAGCGACAGCUGCCCCACCAGCACGUCCCUGCCGCAGCCCCGGGACUCCAUCCGCAACUGCACCCUCAGCAUGGACCGGAUUCCGGACCUGCACUCGCCCCUGCCCCCCAUCUCCGAGAGCCCCAGCUCCCCCGCCUACAGCACAGUCACCCGCGUCCACGCCGCCCCUGCAGCCCCCUCCACCACUGCGCCGCCCGCCUCUCCCAUCGCCCGCCGCUCCAGUGAGCCCCAGCUGUGUCCCGGAAGUACCCCAAAGCCCCUCGGGGAGUCAGACAAGGCCCCCCACGCCAGCCCCAACCACAGCCUCGGCAAGGCCUCCCCGUCGCCGUCGCUCAGCAGCUACAGCGACCCGGACUCUGGCCACUACUGCCAGCUGAAGCCCCCCGCGCGCGGCAGCCGCGAGUGGGCCGCGGCCGAGCCCUCUAGCCGGCAAGCGCGGAGCUACGGGGAGAGGCUAAAGGAACUGUCGGAAAGCGGGGCCCCCGACGGGGACAGGGGCAAGGGCUUCACUGCGCCCGUUGUGGAAGCCACCUCCUCCUUCAACCCCGCCACCUUCCAGUCGCUGCUGAUCCCCAAGGAAAACCGGCCCCUGGAGGUGGGGCUGCUGCGCAAGGUGAAGGAGCUGCUGACCGAGGUGGACGCCCGGACGCUGGCCCGGCACGUCACCAAGGUCGACUGCCUGGUUGCUAGGAUACUGGGCGUUACCAAGGAGAUGCAGACCCUAAUGGGAGUCCGCUGGGGCAUGGAGCUGCUCACCCUCCCCCAUGGCCGGCAGCUCCGACUAGACCUGCUGGAGAGGUUCCACACCAUGUCCAUCAUGCUUGCGGUGGACAUCCUGGGCUGCACGGGCUCCGCGGAGGAGCGCGCGGCGCUGCUGCACAAGACCAUCCAGCUGGCCGCCGAGCUGCGAGGGACCAUGGGCAACAUGUUCAGCUUCGCCGCCGUCAUGAGCGCCCUGGACAUGGCCCAGAUUUCCCGGCUAGAGCAGACGUGGGUGACCCUGCGGCAGCGACACACAGAGGGUGCCAUACUGUACGAGAAGAAGCUCAAGCCUUUUCUCAAGAGCCUCAACGAAGGCAAAGAAGGCCCGCCGCUGAGCAACACCACGUUUCCGCACGUGCUGCCGCUCAUCACGCUGCUGGAGUGCGACGCGGCGCCCACCGAGGGCCCGGAGCCCUGGGAGAGCACGGAGCACGGCGUGGAGGUGGUGCUGGCGCACCUGGAGGCGGCGCGCACCGUGGCGCACCACGGGGGCCUCUACCACACCAACGCCGAGGUCAAGCUGCAGGGGUUCCAGGCCCGCCCGGAGCUGCUGGAGGUGUUCAGCACCGAGUUCCAGAUGCGCCUCCUCUGGGGCAGCCAGGGCGCCAGCAGCAGCCAGGCCCAGCGCUACGAGAAGUUCGAGAAGGUCCUCACCGCCCUGUCCCACAAGCUGGAGCCUGCCGUGCGCUCCAGUGAGCUGUGACCCCCAGGGACUGUUCCCCUCUGCUGCGGCAGGCAGCACUGGGGACAGAAGGGCACAGACCUUCCCCAGAGCACCCCAGGGACACUGUGAUCAGCCCAAGAAUGUUCUGGGUUCAACUCCAGGAUCUCCCUUGCACCUCCAGGGUCCUGCUGACUCCGGGCUCCGUCCCACUGCCACACGCUCACCGAGUCUCCCUCAGGAAGGACAGGAAGCCCUGUUCCUCCCCCUGGCUUCUGCUGUUCCUCUUCCGGUCGAGGUUCCCCGACUUGGAGCCAUGGAGGCCCCCAGGCCUCCUCUCCACACCAGGCCUCUGACCCCGCCGCACCCCUGUAAAUAAGCCUGCCUGUCUGUAAAUAGAUGUACAGAGCCAUGUUCUUUCUUUCAUAUAAUAAACUUUUAUGACUCUUCUGA